CCCCGCCUCUCCCACAGGCUGAUGGCUGAGAACAGCUGACUCCACAGAGCUUGCUCAUGUGAUCACAGCUCCGGGAUCUGCUCAUGAACUGGAGUGGGUACUCGGAGGGACUCUUUCUGUGGGUUUUACCAGCUGUGUGCUACCGGGCGUGGCGGAAGGAUUAAUUAGUGACAAGCAGCCUCCUCUGUCUGAGCAAGUGACCUGUUGCAGUCAGACGAGCCACUGCACAGCCCAGGAGUCUCUCCCGACUCCUACUUGCUACUGGCCCACCUGCUCUUGCCAUGGCAUGCCUCCAGGCUCUGCUGUUCCUGUCGCUGUUCCUGUACGGAGCCCUUCGGGUUCCCGCUGAGGUCUGCUUAAUACCACAGAUUGAUGGCCAGCUGGUAGAGAAGCUGGGCCAGCGUCUCUUGCCUUGGAUGGACCAGAUCUCCCCGGAGCACCUGAACCCCAGCAUCUAUGUCGGUUUGCGACUUUCUAGCCGGCAGGCUGGAGCCAAGGAGGACCUCUAUCUACACAGCCUCAAGCUCAAUUAUCAGCAGUGCCUCCUGGGGUCUCCCUCCAGUGAUGACAACAGUGACUGCCAGAUCAAGCCGUCCAUGGGCCAGUUGGCCCUCUACCUGCUUGCUCUCAGGGCCAACUGCGAGUUCAUUGGGGGCCGAAAGGGUGACAGGCUGGUCUCGCAGCUCAAGAGGUUCCUGGAGGAUGAGAAGAAGGCCAUUGGGGAGGGGACACCAUGGCAUAAUCAUGAAGGCCACCCCCACACCAGCUACUACCAGUACAGCCUUAGUAUCCUAGCACUGUGCGUCCACCAGAAGCGGGUCCAUGACAGUGUGGUGGGAAAGCUCCUCUAUGUUGUGGAACAUGACCACCAUCUCCAGCAGAGCCACUUCUCUGUGGACACAGAGGCCAUGGCUGGCUUGACCUUCACCUGUUUGGAGCGCUUCAAUUUCAACCCCAAUCUAAGACCACGGAUUACCAUGGCUAUUGGGACAGUGCGAGAGAAGAUCCUGAAGGCCCAGACCCCUGAAGGCUACUUUGGAAAUGUCUAUAGCACUCCACUGGCACUGCAGCUGCUGAUGGCUUCCCCCAUGCAUGGGGUGGAGCUGGGCACAGCGUGCCUCAAGGCGAGGGCAGCUCUGCUGGCCAGUCUGCAGGAUGGGGCCUUCCAGAAUGCUCUGAUGAUUUCCCAGCUGCUACCCAUCUUGAACCAUAAGACCUACAUGGAUCUCAUCUUCCCAGACUGCCAGGCACCCAGAGUCAUGUUGGUUCCAGCUGUUGCGGAUCCUUUGGUCUACCACAUCCCAGAGGUCAUCAGUGUCACACUGAAGGUUUCCAGUGUCUUACCAUCAUAUAAACAAACCAUCUUUGUCCUGGCUGGGUCCUCCUUGGAAGAUAUCCUGAAGAUGGCUCAAGAGCUAGGAGGAUUCACGUAUGAGACACAGGCCUCCUUGUCAGGCCCCUACCUGACCUCUGUAUUGGGGAAAACAGUUGGGGACCGAGAGUUCUGGCAGCUCCUCCGAGCCCCUGAUACCCCUCUGCUGCAAGGCAUUGCUGACUACAGACCCCAGAAUGGAGAAACAAUUGAGCUGCGGCUGGUUAGCUGGUAACCCUGGGAUCCCCUACCCCAGCAGCCUUGCACAUUCCCUACUGAUGUCCCUGGACCCUGCUGCCACCUGCUGUGUGCACUUGAAGUGAUGUCCCUCAGAUCACCUCAGCUAUCUUCCCUAUGAGGAUCCUAAGCCACAGCCCCAUUUGGAAGCAACCACCUUCCCUGGGGUCUCUGCUAGCCUAAGUCUGGCCCUGCUUGGCGCCAUAGGCCUCUCGUGAAGGACAAGGCUGUGCUUGACUUCCUCUACAGAAAGAGGAAGGAAGUCUGCUAGCUCUGGGAAUGGGGUCCUGCAAGGAGGUCUCCUGUACCUCCCUGCCUGUUCUAUUGUCAGGGUGGCCAUCCCAGAGCUGGUCUUAGGGCAGCCUCUGACCAGGCCUCAGCAAGGUCUUCCAACAUGAUUAAAGCCUUGAUUGUCCUUA